AUGGCCGACGUUGAGCCUAGCAGCCCCAGCGCUGCCACUUUUGCUGAGACCCUCCAGUACCGCGCCACUCAGUCACGCCGCUCUCGACCUCCAGAUCUCGAUUCUGCCCCCGCCGAGCAGCAGAACCGCGUUCCUCUGCGCUCAGAAAGUAGGCUCAGCAGACGAGAUUCGCGCCUGGGGCUUCGGAGCAUAUUUGGGAGGAAUAAGAAUGUCCGCGAGAUCGACAGCUCGACAUCCUACUUCGACACCGGAAGACCAAGUAGUAUCCGAGCUUCUCUGGCCGAAAUUAGCCACUGGCCUUACAUGAGAUCCGAAAUCACACUAUCUGGCGCCGCCUCACGACCAACCUCAGUGGCUACCAACGCGCCUUUCACCGAUUCCUCCAUCCAAAGAAGACCGACCACCACCGAGCGAUCUAGGUCACAGACACCAUCCGGCAGAUCCUCUCGUGGCAAUCUCGCGACCUGGGAUCCCCCACCACUCUUUCAAGCAUACCCCCAAGCGAUCAAGCACGCGCAGCUUCCCGCCUGCACCACGUCGGCCGACGUUAUACUGCGUUUCAAUGACAGGAAGGGCAGCAUCAGCCUGCGCGAUGACCUGACCCAGCUGAACCUCGCCUCCGACCUUGGCGAUGACCAGCCUGACGAAAAGGCGAGAAAGAAGCACCUGAGAACAAUCUCCACCACCAGACUGGAGUGGACAUCCAAGAUAUACGUCCUCUGCACCUCUGGCUACCUGUUGCAGUAUGCUGGUGACGGCAACUUCGACCGUCUGCCUGAAAAGAUGCUGCAUCUGGGUAAGGAUUCUGCUGCCUUCGUCAGCGAUGCCAUUCCCGGACGUCAUUGGGUUCUCCAGGUUUCCUCAGCAAUGGAAUCCAACGGCAUGUCUUCUGCCGAUUCGCGAUCACUCCUAUCCCGACUUCCCUUCCGCGCCGCCGAUAAGAGACACGCCGCCAAUUUCCUGAUGGUUUUUGAGAGCGCGGAGGAAAUGGAUUCCUGGAUUACGGUCCUGCGCCGGGAGAUCGAGGCGCUUGGCGGCAAGAAGAAUCUUUCUGAGACUGGCAAGCCUAAAGCUGAUGACAACGUUGUACAGCUGAAGGCGCAGCCUAGUCAGCGGACGUUGAUUGUCCGCGACCCGGAUAGGUUCUCGCGAGUCCUCCCUCCGGAUUUCAGCCUUCACCUGGAGCAGGCCAGGCUGCACGACUCCGAACGCCAUUCUUCCAUCGACGCUGACAUGACCCGCGAACCCUCCAUCGAUGACAUCUCUACCACCAAUAGUGUCAUGUCCCACGACGACCGGGCGUUGGAGAGCCUGAGGGAUAGCACCAACCGUCUCUCUUACAUCUCAUCUGGUCAACGCACAUUCAUGACCUCGGCUGGCUCUUCGCCUGCGUGCUCCCCUGUUCGCGAUAGCUUUGCCAGCAGCUACCUCGAGGAUCUCCCCCCUCCGUGUCAGGAGGUGCCUACGGUCCGGCCGAGGCCCAACGCCGCGGCAAUCCUUGAUCGUAGACAGUCACUGCAGACAUCGGGCUACCUUGAGCUGAGAAGCUCACCCAUGUCGCGCCCUCAAUCCACUUUAUACAGUGAACAUGAGCUUGCACAAGUUGCUGCAAACUUCAGCGUGCCCAUCAGUAGGCGCUACAGCGCCAUGAAGUCACCCACAGCGAGCCCUGAGCAAGUCAGAAACCGGGACUCUUUUUCGAGCUCAAGAAGCAUGCGCAAGCCGCCUCCCACUGCUCUUGCCAUGGCUCGCCCGCUUUCCAUGGUGGCUGAUCAGCCCUCCCCAGUGCAAGGCCUCAUCGACUCACUUGGCCAGCAACAGGUUGCUCCAGCCCAGCAGGGCGACGGCUUAGCCGCCUACCCCCCGAGACAAACGAGUCUCAGUCCCAGAGAGCAGGCUGCUACAGUAACAGUUCGUACCAGCCCGCGAAAGUACGCGAGCUCUCCUUCGCUGAACAAGCCGGGGGAGGCAUCCCUCUCACCGGAGCUUAGAACCUUCAUCCUGCCUUCGAGGACUCCUCCGACGCCUUCGGCCAACGAGGUCGACGAGUUACCCGUUGCCCAUUCACCCAUGGGCGAGUUUGGACAACUCCACUCACCCAAAGCCUGCCAACAAACCCCCAGAAGACCGAGCACUUUCUUCGACGCUUCUUCCCCGCUCUCUACCAUUAGCGCCAGCCCGGAGCAAGAGAGGACAGUUGCUCCCAUGUUGGUAUCCCCAAAGACCGCCUCGGUAUCACCGAGGUCAAGGUCGUCACCCCGAGUACCCAGUACUCCGCCAACACUGUCGACCAGGCAUCUCCGAGCCGACUCCAGGUCUCUCGGCAGACGAAGCAUGCCGCAGCUCGUCGAGGGGCCCCCACCCGCACCACCACCAAGCUGCGCGCUGCCUCCAAUCCCUCAGAAGGCGCGCGAGAACGCUUGA